UGAUGGCCAUGCAAGGAAAUGCCAAUGACUGGUGGAAAACUCUUACGGAUACUGACAAAAAGUCUAUCCAAACCAUCCGCUCCCAGUUCCAAACCUUCUUUGGUUCAUCCGAGGAUGAAAUGGCCAAAGCAAUCAAUACUUUGGAUAGCCUAAAGCAAAAUAGCGAACCGAUGACAACUUUCGGUCCUUGUUUACUUUUACUCAUUACCACUGUGACAAAAGACAACUUCUAGCUUCAAAUGAACUACUUUUACAAGGCCAUUAAUCCUGACUUGGCAAAAUCAGUCGUGUCAAUGAAGCCCACAAGCAUACAAGCUGCCAUUAACUUUGCUACUGAGAUAGAGCGCAAUAUGACUUACAAUAAGUUACCCGCACCAUUCCUUAAACCAUCGGCUCCUCCUCCGGCCCCCGCCCUAGCCACAUUUCCUACCGAACCUAUGGACAUAGAUGUCAAUGCUCAAAAGUACGGGAGAUCAUAUGGCAAUUAUAAGAAGGCCAACUACAAGAAAUUUGAUCUCUGUAACCGGAAUAGCCACUGGACGCGAGAAUGCUAUUAUCUCAACAAAGCUCAAGAAGAAAUGAAGAUACAGACAAAGAGACCUACUAACAAAAAUUGGAACCAUCGAAGUAAUGCCCAGGCGAUUGCCUCGCCGAGAAGCGGCAAUACUCCGAACCUAAUGAGGACCAUAUUGUUUCGCAACAAACAGAGGAUGAUGGGUUCAACCUCACUGAUAAUAUCUUUUAUAAGCUUUAUAGUCUCCCUCCUAUUAAUAAGCAAGAAGCUCAAAUUGAUGAUUUAACCAUACCUACGGUGAUAGGAAGUCGUGAAAACACUUACAAUAUCUCUUUGAUUGCCCAAAUUCCUACCUAUCACAUGGACGGCAGUAUGCAAGUUAAGGUUUUAAUUGAUACAGGCGCGGAAAUAUCUACAAUAUGUGCUGCAGAGGUUGAAAAGCUCCGGU